AUGGAGGGUCACAAGGUUGAUACCAUCCGCUCGCUUAAGUUCGACGGGAAGAACUUCCUUGCGUACAAGGAAGGCCUGAAGGCGGCGCUGCGAGCUCGAAAGUGCUGGAAGAUCCUGACCGGAGAGGAGCCGAAACCCGAGAAGGACGGCACUGCAGCGACGAAGAAGAAGCGCAAGGAGUGGCGGCAGAAGCUACUGAUGUUGAACGACAUCUUGACGAACACGCUGGACGACGUGACGCGAGUCAGGCUCGCUCAUCUGAACAAGCCUCAAGCCAUGUGGGCCGCACUA